GCGCAAAAGUCCUGUGUGUGGUUACGGAUGUCCAAAGUUCAGAACUUUUUCAGUGUGCGUUUCAUAGAGACACAGAGAUGGGGACGGCUUAAAACACUGCUGAGAGAUCCAGCACGCUGCACUGUUGCUCAGACUUUUCUCUCCUUUUCUUUCUUUCUUUUCUUUUUUUUUUUCUCCAUAUAUAUAUAUAUAUUUCAGCUUGUGCCUUCAGAGGAGGGAGAAGUGGAGCUGCGUCUUUUGGAUCUUUUUUUUUUUUUUUUUUUUAAUUUUGUAACCGGAUCAAAGUGAAGACAUGCAGGCUCGCUACUCCGUCUCCAGUCCCAACUCUCUGGGCGUCGUGCCGUACAUCAGCAGCGACCCGAGCUACUACCGGGCCGCUGCCGGUGGGGGAUACACCGGGAUGCCGGCGCCUAUGAACAUGUACUCUCAUGCGGCUCACGACCAGUACCCCGCCAGCAUGGCCCGGGCGUAUGGACCGUACACCCCUCAACCUCAGCCCAAGGAUAUGGUCAAACCCCCCUACAGCUACAUCGCGCUCAUCACCAUGGCUAUCCAGAACUCGCCUGACAAGAAGGUGACCCUGAAUGGGAUUUACCAGUUUAUCAUGGAGAGGUUCCCCUUUUACCGAGACAACAAGCAGGGCUGGCAGAACAGCAUCAGGCACAACCUCUCCCUCAACGAGUGUUUUGUCAAGGUGCCCCGCGACGACAAGAAGCCCGGCAAAGGCAGCUACUGGACCCUGGACCCGGACUCUUACAACAUGUUCGAAAACGGGAGCUUCCUGCGGAGGAGGCGGCGGUUCAAGAAGAAGGACGUGCUGAAGGAGAAAGAAGAGCGGCUGCAGAAGGACGUGCCGCCGAGGCAGCAGGGCCGGGACCAGGAGCAGCCGGUGCAGGGCUCCAAGCCCGUGAGGAUCCAGGAUAUAAAGACUGAGAACGGGUCCGUCACGCCGCCGCAGGCCGACUCGCCCUCCCUGAGCGCCGUGCCCAAAAUCGAGAGCCCGGACAGCAGCAGCAUGUCCAGCGGGAGCCCCCACAGCAUCCCCUCCAACAGGUCCAUCGGCAUGGACAGCUCCGAGCACCACCAGCACCAGCACGGCCAGGCCUCGACGCAGGGCUUCAGCGUGGACAACAUCAUGACCUCCCUCCGGGGGUCUCCACAAGGGGCCACCGAGCUCACCUCCGGCCUCAGCGCCUCCGCCAGGACAGGUAUAACACCGUCUUUGUCCCUUAACUAUUCCCCGAGCCAGACGUCCGUCUAUAGCUCGCCGUGUAACCAAAACUCCACUACCUCCAACGCAACCUAUCAUUGUAACAUGCAAGCCAUGAGCUUGUACGCCGGGGACAGGUCGAGCCACUUGGCGCCGAGCACCACCGUGGACGAAACGUUGCCAGAUUACUCAGUCACGACCACCUCAUCCUCCCUGACCCACGGGAACCUAAACUCUGGGCAGGAGGGCCACCAUCCCCACCAAGGGAGGCUGACCUCAUGGUACCUCAACCAGGCCGGAGACCUGGGCCACCUGGGCGCGACGUACCCAGCGCAGCAGCAGAACUUCCACUCAGUCCGAGAGAUGUUUGAGUCCCAGAGAAUUGGCUUGAAUAACUCGCCGGUGAAUGGGAAUAACAGCUGUCAGAUGUCAUUCCCACCGAGCCAGUCCAUCUAUCGCACUUCGGGAGCUUUCGUAUACGACUGCAGCAAGUUCUGACCCUAAAAAAAAAAACAGAACAAAACAUACAGGCUCGAUAUUUUCCUCACCGUGUCUGAACUCUUAGUAAAAAAAAAAAAAGAAAGAAAAAGAAAAAGAAACAACCCAUCGUGCUCCCCGCCCAGCACCACAUGGACUAAUGUGAGACAGAACACACAAAUCAGAAAAGACUUGAUCUUGGUUUUUUCUAAAGAAAACAGUGUUACUGCAAAAUAACACGUAAGUCUCUCUUUUUCCGCUUCUGUGGCUUUUUAUGUGAUAUGUUAAAAGAUAUGUCAGUUUUCAUGGACGUGUAAAUUGCAUAUAGUAAUUUAUUUCUAAAGGAAAAGAAAAGAAAAAGAAAAAAAAAAACAAUGUAGCCAGAUAUUAUGGACCAAACACCAAAAAAAGAAGUGUUUCUAAAAAUUGAAUUGCCUUAAUUGUCCAAAAAAAUUAAUUGUUCCAUUAUAAAAAAAAGAGUAAGAAACAGGAACGUGUAUAUCGCCUCACUAUUUCAGAGAUUCUUCCUUUUUUUGUUGAAAAGUAUUUUGAAGGAUUUUGUUUGUUUGUUUAAUAAAUGUGUCAUUUUAUGUGA